AUGCUACUGUAUCUUCAUGGACCAUUUGAUCACCUGGCACUUGAGAGUGUACUCUACCAAUCAUUUCUGACUACCACUGUGCUCUGGUCCGAUCAACAUCCGCAGACAGAGUUCGACCUGCUGUUCUGGCGCAAAGCCGAGCAUUUCUUGAAGCAGAACACAAUGUUUCCCGAACAGCCCGACAGUCUAAAUAGCCCCGUACUGGGUGUGCCGGUUGCGCUUUUUCGACUUGCCAUACAGGCGAAGCAGGCAUACCAGCUUCCUGGAAGUUGCUCCAGCUCCGAAUUGGCGCAACUUCGUGCCGAGAUCGAAGAUUGGGAAGCUUUUGUCUUGGGAAACGGACCUGUCGGCGUCUCGAAUGAUAUCAAUGCUUUUCAUCGUCAACAGCUGUAUUAUGACGGAGCAACCCAUCUGUACGUGCUCAUUAUCUCACUUCUUCUCGAGCAAGCAAACGCGAAAUCGGCACCUGCAGAUCAACAAGAUUUACAAAACGCCCGACUCCCUCAAGCCCUACCAAAGAGUACUUGGCAGAUACAAAAAGCGCUUGAAGUUCUUCAUACAUUUGAACUCGAUGAUGACUGGUCAAGCUGUUAUAUCGGAACUUGGCCCGUCUACACAAUGGGCUUUUUCCUGAGCGAAGUGAAAGACAUCGGAUUGAUCCGCGGUGAGAUGGACCGCAGAUGGAGGAUCACCAAUAACAUGCAGAUUCCUCGGUUUCGAGGCGACCUAGAGGCUGCCUGGUUGGCACGCGGACGGUCCCAAGACCCUCAUCAAAUGGAGAUCUACGGAUAUGCUACGGAUAUCGAGACGGCACCAUUGUUCGACUACGCUGGCCUACAUAUGUCAUGUCAGCAGAUCAAACAAGAGAUGGAACACGAGGUACUGAGGCUUCUGCACGUGUACUUCAAGCGCAAACUUUUGACGACCCCUGGACUCGGAAUUGAGUUGCCGACAACGUUCAAAGAGGUUGGCAAGUUGCGCAUCUCCCUGUCGGCCGAAGUCUGGGCCUGUUGCCUUUACACACGCCGUCCUUUCUGUGGAUGCGCUGAUCGGAAGCGAUGUGUAGAUUGGAUACUAGGCCUCUGUCUCGACUCGCUCACUAUCGCAUAUCACGAAGACGAGAGCGCACAGUACGAGGCCCUCAACUUCUCCUUCCUCGAUGCAGGAACUCUUCGUCAGGUCGGGUCAGGGCACAAGGCCCGAAGUCUCACACCCAAUUGGGAUUUGAUAGAGGUGAAGCGACAUGUCGCACCCGAGAGUUGGCCACGAAUCAAGAUUGAGAAAUUGCUUCACAAGUUGUUGGCUUGGUUGAUGCUUCUCAUCAUUGCCAUCGGCGUAGCCGGCGAUUUACAACCUCUUCUUCAAGAACACUGUAUUCUUGCACUGUGCAUCACUGCCGGUCUGGUCGUAUUCAACAAGCUUCAGGACCACUAG